GCCUAGUCCUCCCUCACCUCCCCAGAGCACGUAGGAGAGAUGAGACAGUCACAGCUGCUGCCCCUAGGGGGGCUCCUAUUGUUCUCUCUUAUCCCAAGCCAACUAGGCACCAUCUGUGAGGUAAGCCAAGAAAACUACUCCUGUCUAACUCUAUUACCUCUAUUAAACACAAUGAUCAACUCAAAAUAUAGCAGAGAAAUCCAAGCUGCCAAUGUCCUGUUGUCCCUCAGACUUGUUGGGAUCCAGGACCAAAGCUUAGAACGACAUCUGGUCCAAGAAGUCAAAAAAAAUGAGGAAAAGAAGGCGUUAAAUUUAACCUCAGGACAGCUUGCCUUGGUUACACUGGCUUUGGGAGCAUGUCAGAACUCUGAUGAAACCAUUACACAUUUACAUCUUGUCAGCAAACUAGAAAAGAAAUUCCAAGAAGAAAUUGAAAAUAUGGUGAUACAUGAUGGUAAUCCACUGACUAACUACUAUCAACUCAGCCUGGACGUUCUGGCCUUGUGUCUGUUCAAUGGAAACUACUCAGUCACCGAAGUUAAUGAAUACUUCAUACCUGAAAAUAAAAACUUUUAUUUUGGUGGGCAUUUCUCAGUAGACACUGGCGCAAUGGCUGUCCUGGCCCUGACCUGUGUGAAGAGGAGAAUAAUAAAUGGGCAGAUCAAAGCAAGUGAAAUGGACUUAAAGCAUAUCACUAAUUAUACAGAGUCACUGGUAAAAAAGAUUUUGUCAGAGAAAAAAGAAAAUGGUCUCAUUGGAAACAUAUUUAGUACAGGAGAAGCUAUGCAGGCUCUCUUUGUAUCAUCAAACUAUUACAACCAAACUGAAUGGAAUUGUCAAGAAACUCUGCAUACAGUACUCAGGGAAAUCUCUCAGGGAUCAUUCCGUAUGCCAACUGCUGCAGCCCAGGUUUUACCUGCCCUAUUUGGAAAGACCUACUUGGAUGCUUACAACAGCUCUUCUUGUGGUUCAGGUAGCUUUAACAUCUCCAUUCAGGAGCCUCUACCUAUAGAACCUAAUAGCUCAUCCUCAUGGAUCUCAGUCAAUUACACUGUGAAAAUCAAUGAAACGUAUUUCACCAAUGUCACCGUGGAAAAUGGUUCUUUCUUCCUGGAUGUGAUGAAGAGAGCUCAAGAAAUCAAUGAGACUGUAUUUCGUUUCACUUAUGUGGAGAGCUCAUGGGGCCCCUACAUCACCUCUGUUCAAGGCUUGGAGGCCAACAAUAAUGAAAGAACCUACUGGGAACUUCUGAGUGAUGGCAAACCACUGAGCCAAGGAGUUGGUAGUUAUGUUGUUCAAAAUGGAGAAAAUUUGGAGGUUCGUUGGAGCAAAUACUAAUAAACUCAAACCUUCUUCAGCCAGAUCUAAUUCUUUUGCAGUGGAA